GGUCUCGGCUCCCGCUCGCGGUGUGGGAGGAGGAGACCGCGGCGGAAAAGCCGGAGGGGCUUGGCCGCCAUGGGGAACCGGGAGCAGCUCGGCGGCCGGCGGUAGCGGCGGAGCAGACGCGAGAGCCGCUCCUCCCGGCAGGCUGCGCUGUGAUCCGGGCUGCGCGGUGGGACCUCGCGCCGGGUCCCCCUCCUCCCGCCGUCCUCCUCCCGUUCCCCUCCUCCGCCCGCCAACCCGCGGCGGUGGCUGCGGCGGCUGCGGCGUGCAGAGCGCCCGGUCCCAGCCCGGGCAGGGAGCGCGGCGUGACUGCGGCGGAGGCGGAGGGGUGGCCAGCUGUCCGGGGCCGGAGCGGGUAGACGCAGACCGCGGGGGACGCGCCCGGAGGAGCCGAGCAUCGCUGGCCGCGACAAGGAAUGGACAUGUGAUGUGAUGGGUGUGACUAUGGGACACUGUGUGGGCACAUGGCCUCCUUCCUGCCUCGUCUUCCUGCUCCUCAAGAUGUUGGCCACUGUCUCCCAAGGGCUGCCCGGGACAGGGCCCCUGGGUUUCCACUUCACACAUUCCAUCUACAAUGCUACAGUGUAUGAGAACUCCGCUGCAAGGACCUAUGUCAACAGCCAGAGCAGAAUGGGCAUCUCCUUACUAGACCUGUCCUGGGAUAUCAAGUACCGAAUAGUGUCUGGUGAUGAGGAAGGCUUUUUCAAAGCUGAGGAGGUCAUCAUCGCAGAUUUCUGCUUUCUUAGGAUCAGAACUAAGGGUGGUAAUUCUGCCAUAUUGAACAGGGAAAUCCAAGACAGUUAUUUAUUGAUGAUAAAAGGUUCUGUCCGAGGAGAGGAUUUAGAAGCAUGGACCACAGUGAACAUCCAGGUGUUAGACAUGAAUGACCUGAGGCCUCUGUUUUCACCCACCACGUACUCUGUCACCAUUGCAGAGAGCACACCACUCAGGACUAGUGUUGCCCAGGUGACCGCAACAGACGCAGACAUUGGCUCCAACGGAGAAUUCUACUACUACUUUAAAAACAAGCUUGAUCUCUUUUCAGUUCACCCCACAAGUGGUGUCAUCUCUUUGAGUGGCCGGUUAAAUUAUGAUGAGAAGAGCAGGUAUGAUCUGGAAAUCUUGGCGGUGGACCGGGGAAUGAAACUCUACGGCAACAAUGGAGUGAGCAGCACCGCCAAACUUUAUGUUCACGUUGAACGCGUCAACGAACACGCCCCAGUUAUCCAUGUGGUCACUCAUGUUCCUUUCCCCUUGGACAAGGAGCCAACGUAUGCCAUAGUGACGAUUGAUGACAUGGAUGAGGGGGCCAAUGGGGAGAUCGAGUCUGUUUCCAUCGUGGCUGGAGAUCCUUUAGAUCAGUUCUUCUUGGCUAAAGAAGGAAAGUGGAUGAACGAGUUCAGGGUUAAGGAGAGGAGGCAGGUGGACUGGGGAAGUGUCUCCUAUGGCUACAACCUCACUCUUCAAGCAAAAGACAAAGGGUCACCUCAGAAAUUUUCAGCAUUGAAGACAGUCCACAUUGCCAACCCCAGGAAAGACACUGUCAAACCAGUCAGGUUUGAAAAGGAUGUGUAUGAAGUGAGCAUAAGUGAGUUUUCCCCUCCUGGGGUCGUGGUGGCCAUAGUCAAGCUAAGUCCUGAGCCACUGGAUGUGGAAUAUAAACUGUCUCCUGGUGAGGAUACAGAGUACUUCAAAAUUAACCCUCGGUCAGGUCUGAUUGUCACUGCACUGCCCCUAAACACCGUCAAGGAGGUUUAUAAGCUGGAGGUAACAAACAAGGAAGGGGACAAAAAGGCACGCGUCACCAUCCGCAUUGAGGAUGCCAACGACCACACCCCAGAAUUCCAGCAGCCGGUAUAUGAGACUUUUGUGAAUGAGAGUGUUCCCGUGGGAACGAACAUCUUGACCGUGUCUGCCUCUGACAAGGAUAAAGGAGAGAACGGCUACAUCACCUACAGCAUCGCCAGCCUGAACCUGUUGCCAUUUGCCAUUAAUCAGUUCACAGGUGUGAUCAGCACAACGGAGGAGCUGGAUUUCGAAUCCUCCCCAGAAACGUACAGGUUCGUUGUUAGAGCUUCUGACUGGGGCUCACCGUAUCGCCAUGAAAGUGAGGUGAACGUGACCAUUCGCGUUGGAAACAUCAACGACAACAGCCCCCUCUUCGAAAAGGUGGCUUGCCAGGGAGUCAUUUCAUAUGACUUUCCCGUUGGUGGCCACAUCACAGCCAUCUCUGCCGUUGAUAUUGAUGAGCUACAACUUGUCAAGUACAAAAUCAUUUCUGGAAAUGAGCUUGGUUUCUUUUACUUAAACCCAGACUCUGGUGUUUUACAGCUUAAAAAGUCACUGAUGAAUUCUGGCAUUAAAAAUGGUAAUUUUGCCCUCAGAAUCACAGCCACGGAUGGGGAGAACUUUGCGGAUCCCAUGGCCAUUAAUAUUUCCGUCCUCCACGGCAAAGUGUCUUCAAAGAGCUUCAGUUGCAGAGAAACCCGUGUGGCUCAGAAACUGGCAGAAAAAUUACUCAUUAAAGCAAAAGCUAACGGGAAGCUGAAUCUGGAAGAUGGAUUUCUUGACUUCUAUUCCAUUAAUAGGCAAGGACCACACUUUGACAAGUCUUUUCCCUCCGACGUGGCUGUGAAGGAAAAUCUGCCAGUUGGCACGGACAUCCUGAAGAUUAAAGCUUAUGAUGCUGACUCGGGCUUCAACGGGAAGGUGCUGUUUACAAUCUCUGAUGGGAAUACAGACAGCUGCUUCACUAUCGAUAUGGAGACGGGACAACUUAAGGUUCUCAUGCCCAUGGACAGAGAGCACACAGACCUUUAUCUCCUCAACAUCACCAUUUACGACCUGGGUAAGCCACAAAAAUCCUCAUGGCGGCUGCUGACUGUCAAUGUGGAGGAUGCCAAUGACAACAGCCCGGUGUUCCUGCAGGAUGGCUACUCGGUCAACAUUCUGGAAAGUUCAAGUAUUGGCACUGAGAUCAUUCAAGUGGAAGCCAGAGACCGAGACCUGGGUUCUAAUGGUGAGGUGACAUACUCCGUCCUGACAGAAGCACGGCAGUUUGCCAUCAAUAGCUCAACUGGAAUUGUUUAUGUAGCAGAUCAAUUAGACCGGGAAUCCAAAGCCAACUAUUCUUUGAAAAUAGAAGCCAGGGACAAGGCGGAAAGUGGUCAGCAGCUGUUCUCGGUUGUCACCCUGAAGGUUUUCUUGGAUGAUGUCAACGACUGCUCCCCAGGUUUCAUCCCCAGUAGCUACAGUGUGAAAGUCCUCGAAGAUCUCCCGGUUGGCACAGUCAUUGCUUGGCUGGAGACCCAGGAUCCUGAUCUUGGAUUGGGGGGUCAAGUGCGCUAUUCUUUGGUCAAUGACUAUAACGGAAGGUUUGAUAUAGACAAAGCGAGCGGUGCCAUCCGCUUGAGCAAAGAGCUGGACUACGAGAAGCAGCAGUUCUACAACCUCACCGUUCGGGCCAAAGACAAAGGGCGGCCCGUCUCCCUGUCAUCUGUCUCCUUUGUUGAGGUAGAAGUGGUGGAUGUCAACGAGAACCUUCACACCCCCCAUUUCCCAGACUUUGCUGUUGUUGGAUCUGUAAAGGAAAACUCUCGCAUUGGCACGAGUGUGCUGCGGGUGACUGCCCAUGAUGAGGAUUCCGGGAGGGAUGGAGAGAUCCAGUACUCCAUCAGGGAUGGCAGUGGUCUCGGGAGGUUCACUAUAGACGACGAGACUGGGGUCAUCUCUGCCGCAGAUAUUCUUGACCGAGAGACAACAGCAUCGUACUGGCUAACUGUGUAUGCGACAGACCGGGGCGUGGUUCCGCUCUAUUCCACCAUUGAGGUCUACGUCGAGGUGGACGAUGUGAACGACAAUGCCCCACUGACCUCGGAGCCCAUCUAUUAUCCUGUUGUCAUGGAAAAUUCUCCUAAGGAUGUGUCCGUCAUUCAGAUCCAAGCUGAAGAUCCUGACUCCAGUUCAAACGAAAAACUGACCUACAGGAUUACAAGUGGGAAUCCUCAGAAUUUUUUUGCCAUCAAUAUCAAAACAGGUCUGAUUACCACGACUUCAAGGAAAUUGGAUCGCGAGCAGCAGGCGGAACAUUUUUUGGAGGUAACCGUGACGGAUGGUGGUUCUUCUCCAAAGCAGUCAACUGUUUGGGUGGUGGUCCAGGUUCUGGAUGAAAAUGACAACAAGCCCCAGUUCCCUGAGAAGGUCUACCAGAUCAAACUUCCAGAACGUGACCGCAAGAAGAGGGAAGAGCCCAUCUACAGGGCUUUUGCUUUUGACAGAGAUGAGGGCCCCAAUGCAGAAAUCUCCUACAGCAUCGUGGAUGGCAACGAUGAUGGAAAGUUCUUUAUUGACCCGAAAACUGGCAUGGUCUCUUCCAGAAAACAGUUUACAGCAGGGAGUUAUGACAUCCUAACGAUCAAGGCUGUGGACAAUGGCCGCCCACAGAAAUCCUCCACGGCCCGCCUGCACAUCGAAUGGAUUAAGAAACCGCCGCCUUCUCCUAUACAGUUGACUUUCGAUGAGCCGUUUUACAACUUCACAGUCAUGGAAAGCGAUAGAGUAACGGAGAUUGUGGGGGUGGUGUCUGUGCAGCCAGCCAACACCCCUCUGUGGUUUGACAUCGUUGGGGGGAAUUUUGACAGCUCUUUUGAUGCAGAGAAGGGUGUUGGGACAAUUGUCAUCGCAAAACCUUUGGAUGCAGAGCAAAGGUCGGCCUACAACAUGAGCGUGGAGGUCACCGAUGGGACAAACGUUGCUGUCACACAGGUAUUCAUCAAAGUGUUGGAUAAUAAUGAUAACGGCCCAGAAUUCUCCCAGCCGAGUUAUGAUGUGACAGUCUCUGAAGACCUGCUUCCAGAUACAGAGAUACUGCAGAUCGAAGCCACAGACAGAGAUGAGAAACACAAGCUGAGCUAUGCCAUCCACAGUAGCAUCGACUCCAUCAGCAUGAGGAAGUUCCGCAUCGACCCCAGCACAGGUGUGCUCUACACAGCAGAGAGGCUGGACCACGAGGCCCAGGACAAGCACAUCCUCAACAUCAUGGUCAGAGACCAGGAGUUUCCUUACCGAAGAAACUUGGCCCGAGUCAUUGUGAACGUGGAGGAUGCUAACGACCACAGUCCUUAUUUUACCCACCCCCUGUAUGAAGCCUCUGUGUUUGAAUCCGCUGCUCUAGGAUCGGCUGUUCUGCAAGUGACGGCUCUGGACAAAGACAAAGGGGAAAAUUCGGAGCUCAUAUACUCCCUAGAGGCAGGGAACACGGGGAACACAUUUAAGAUCGAGCCAGUCCUGGGCAUCAUCACUGUUUCCAAAGAGCCAGACAUGACGACCAUGGGCCAGUUUGUCCUGUCAGUCAAAGCCACAGAUCAAGGCUCCCCACCAAUGUCUGCCACUGCAAUCGUACGCAUCUCUGUCACCAUGUCUGAUAAUUCCCACCCCAAGUUCACUCACAAAGACUACCAAGCAGAGGUCAAUGAAAAUGUUGAUAUGGGAACUUCUGUCAUCCUGAUCUCUGCCAUCAGCCAGUCGACUCUUGUUUACGAAGUCAAAGAUGGAAACAAUGAUGGGGUCUUUACCAUAAAUCCGUACUCUGGAGUCAUCACCACUCGGAAGGCUCUGGAUUACGAGCAUACCUCCUCCUAUCAACUCAUCAUCCAGGCCACUAACAUGGCGGGCAUGGCUUCCAAUGCCACGGUCAGUGUCCAGGUUAUAGAUGAAAACGAUAACACCCCAGUGUUUCUCUUUUCUCAGUACUCGGGCAGCCUGAGCGAGGCUGCCCCCAUCAACAGCAUCGUCAGGAGCCUGGAUAACAGCCCACUGGUGAUCCGAGCCACCGAUGCCGACAGCAACCAGAACGCACUACUGGUAUACCAAAUUGUAGAGGCCACAGCCAAGAAGUUCUUCACAGUGGACUCCAGCACAGGGGCCAUCAGGACAAUAGCCAACCUAGACCAUGAGGCCAUUGCACAUUUCCACUUCCACGUGCACGUGAGGGACAGUGGGAACCCCCAGCUGACGGCAGAGAACCCUGUGGAGGUCAACAUCGAGGUGACAGAUGUGAAUGAUAACCCUCCAGUCUUCACUCAGGCUGCGUUUGAGACUGUCUUACUUCUCCCCACCUACGUUGGAGUGGAGGUUCUGAAAGUUAGUGCCACAGACCCGGACUCUGAGGUGCCUCCUGAACUGACAUACAGCCUCAUGGAAGGCAGUGCAGAUCAUUUUCUAAUGGACUCAAACAGAGGAGUGCUCACCAUAAGAAACAAUAACCUCUCCAAAGAUCACUACAUGCUGAUAGCCAGGGUGUCUGAUGGGAAGUUCUACAGCUCUGCCAUGGUCACCAUCGUGGUUAAAGAAGCCUUGGACAGUGGCCUCCACUUCACACAAAGCUUUUACUCCACCUCUAUCUCAGAGAACAGUACAAACAUAACCAAAGUUGCUAUUGUCAAUGCAGUUGGAAACCGCCUUAAUGAGCCCUUAAAAUACAGCAUCUUAAACCCAGGAAAUAAAUUCAAGAUAAAAUCUACCUCAGGGGUCAUUCAGACCACGGGAGUGCCCUUUGACCGUGAAGAACAGGAAUUGUACGAGUUGGUGGUAGAAGCCAGCCGAGAGUUAGACCAUUUGCGAGUGGCGAGGGUGGUGGUCAAGGUUAACGUUGAGGACGUCAACGAUAACGCUCCUGUCUUUGUGGGCCUCCCUUACUAUGCCGCCGUGCAGGUUGAUGCUGAGCCCGGGACUCUGAUCUACCAGGUGACAGCCAUCGACAAAGAUAAAGGUCCCAAUGGAGAGGUGACCUACGUCCUGCAAGAUGACUACGGCCACUUUGAAAUCAACCCUAAUUCAGGGAAUGUGAUUUUAAAAGAAGCAUUCAACUCUGACCUGUCCAACAUUGACUAUGGGAUCACCAUCCUCGCCAAGGAUGGUGGAAGUCCACCUCUUUCCACAUCUGUGGAACUGCCCCUCACCAUUGUGAACAAAGCCAUGCCUGUAUUUGAUAAGCCCUUUUAUACAGCAUCCAUCAAAGAAGAUGUCCCCAUGGACACCCCCAUUCUCAGCAUCAAUGCCACCAGCCCUGAAGGCCAGGGCAUCAUAUACCUCAUCACUGAUGGGGAUCCCUUCAAACAGUUUAAUGUCGACUUCGACACUGGGGUCCUGAAAGUCAUCGGUCCUUUGGAUUAUGAAGUUACGUCUCUUUAUAAGUUGACAGUGAGAGCCAGUGAUGCUCUUACUGGUGCCAGGGCUGAGGUGACCGUGGACCUGCUAGUGGAUGACGUCAAUGACAACCCUCCUGUUUUUGACCAGCCCAUUUACAAUACAACAUUAUCUGAAUCAUCUCUCAUUGGGACACCUGUCCUGCAAGUUCUCUCUACUGAUGCAGACUCAGAAAACAACAAAAUGGUGCAUUAUCAGAUUGUCCAAGAUACCUAUAACAGCACAGAUUUCUUCCAUAUAGACAGCUCAAGUGGCUUAAUCCUGACAGCCAGGAUGCUGGACCAUGAGUUGGUACAAGACUGCACUUUGAAAGUCAGAGCAACAGAUAAUGGCUUCCCAUCUCUGAGCAGCGAGGUCCUGGUGCAGAUCCACAUCUCUGACAUCAAUGACAACCCCCCAGUGUUUAAUCAGCUCAUUUAUGAAUCCUAUGUGAGUGAAUUAGCCCCUCGGGGUCAUUUUGUAACCUGUGUACAAGCCUCAGAUGCAGACAGCUCUGACUUUGACCGGUUGGAAUACAGCAUUUUAUCCGGGAAUGACAGGACCAGCUUUCUGAUGGACAGCAGGAGCGGCAUCAUCACACUGUCCAGCCACCGGAAACAGCGCAUGGAGCCUCUGCAUAGUCUCAAUGUGUCUGUGUCUGACGGGCUGUUCACCAGCACUGCCCAGGUGCACAUCAGGGUCCUCGGGGCCAACUUGUAUAGCCCUGUCUUUUCACAAAGCACAUACGUAGCUGAAGUAAGAGAGAACGCACCUGCUGGGACCAAAGUCCUCCACGUCCGAGCCACAGAUGGGGACCCAGGAACCUAUGGCCAGAUCAGCUACACCAUCAUCAAUGACUUUGCCAAGGAUCGAUUCCUCAUAGACAGCAACGGGCAGGUCGUGACGACAGAAAGACUAGACCGAGAAAACCCUCUGGAGGGAGACGUUAGUAUUUAUCUGAGGGCUCUGGAUGGUGGAGGGAGAACCGCAUUCUGUACUGUGAGGGUGAUCGUGGUGGAUGAGAAUGACAACACCCCUCAGUUCAUGAUGGUGGAAUACAGAGCCAGCGUCAAGGCGGAUGUGGGAAGAGGCCAUUUGGUCACUCAAGUUCAAGCUGUGGAUCCAGACGACGGAGCAAAUUCCAGGAUUACCUAUUCUCUCUACAGUGAGGCCUCAGUCUCAGUGGCUGACCUCCUGGAAAUCGAUCCUGACAAUGGCUGGAUGGUGACCAAGGGCAGUUUUAACCAGCUGAGAAAUACAGUACUGUCCUUCUUUGUGAAAGCAGUGGACGGGGGCAUCCCAGUCAGGCACUCCCUCAUACCUGUCUACAUCCAUGUGCUGCCCCCUGAAACGUUCCUGCCUUCAUUUACCCAGUCUCAGUAUUCCUUCACCAUUGCAGAAGACACAGCUAUUGGAAGCACCGUGGAUACCCUGAGGAUUCUGCCCAAUCAGAGUGUCCGGUUCAGCACAGUAAAUGGAGAACGACCAGAGAAUAACCAAGGGGCCGUGUUCAUCAUAGAACAAGAAACAGGUACUAUCAAACUGGACAAGCGCCUUGACCACGAAGUCAGCCCAGCUUUCCACUUUAAAGUAGCAGCUACCAUCCCCUCAGACAAGGUAGACAUUGUGUUCACUGUGGAUGUGGACGUGAAGGUGCUGGAUCUGAAUGACAACAAGCCAGUCUUUGAAACGUCAAGCUAUGACACCAUCAUAAUGGAAGGGAUGCCUGUCGGCACCAAGCUCGCCCAGGUGAGAGCCAUCGACAUGGACUGGGGAGCCAAUGGGCAGGUCACUUACUCCCUGCACUCAGAUUCCCAUCCUGAAAAGAUAACAGAAGCGUUCAGUAUUGACAGCAACACGGGAUGGAUCAGUAUGCUGAAGGACCUGGACCACGAGACAGACCCCGCAGUCUCCUUCUCCGUGGUGGCUUCCGACCUUGGAGAGACUUUCUCUCUUUCUUCCAUGGCUUUGGUCUCUGUCAAGGUGACAGAUAUAAAUGACAAUGCACCAGUCUUUGCCCAUGACGUGUACCGAGGGAUCGUAAAGGAGAGCGACCCGCCGGGGGAGGUGGUAGCCGUUCUUAGCACCCUGGAUAAAGACACUUCUGACAUAAAUCGCCAAGUGAGCUACCAUAUUACAGGUGGGAACUCCCGAGGACGGUUUGCCCUGGGCCUGGUGCAGAGUGAGUGGAAGGUCUAUGUGAAGAGACCUCUGGAUCGAGAGGAGCAGGACAUUUACUUCCUCAAUAUCACUGCCACUGACGGGCUCUUUGUCACCCAGGCCGUGGUGGAAGUGGCCGUCAGUGAUGUGAAUGACAACAGCCCGGUGUGUGAUCAGGUUGUAUAUUCAGCAUCAUUUCCUGAAGACAUUCCAUCAAAUAAAAUCAUCCUGAAGGUCAGUGCCAAGGAUGCGGAUAUUGGAUCCAAUGGAGAGAUACGAUACUCACUCUAUGGAUCUGGAAACAGUGAAUUUUUUCUAGAUCCAGAAAGUGGUGAAUUAAAAACUUUGGCCCUGUUGGACCGGGAGAGGGUCCCGGUGUACAACCUGAUCGCCAGGGCCACUGAUGGGGGUGGGCGAUACUGCCAGUCCAGUGUACGCCUGAUCCUGGAGGAUGUGAAUGACAACCCCCCUGUGUUUUCUAACAACCACUACACUGCGUGUGUCUACGAGAACACAGCCACUAAGGCUCUGCUGACCAGAGUGCAAGCAGUGGACCCUGAUGUUGGCAUCAACAGAAGGGUCGUGUAUUCCCUGGCGGACUCAGCGGGUGGGUUCUUCUCCAUCGACAGCUCUUCUGGCAUCAUCACACUGGAGCAGCCUCUGGACCGUGAACAGCAGUCAUCACACAACAUCAGCGUGCGGGCCACCGACCAGAGUCCCGGACAGUCCCUGUCGUCUCUCGUCACUGUCACCAUCACUGUCCUGGACAUUAACGACAACCCCCCUGUGUUUGAGAAGAGGGACUAUCUGGUGACUGUGCCCGAGGAUACCUCCGCUGGUACCCAAGUCCUCUCAGUUUUUGCCACCAGCAAAGAUAUUGGCACAAAUGCAGAGAUUACAUAUCUCAUCCGUUCUGGGAAUGAACAAGGGAAAUUUAGGAUCCACCCAAAGACAGGGGGUAUUUCUGUCUCUGAAGCUCUGGACUAUGAAACAUGUAAAAGGUUUUACCUGGUGGUGGAAGCUAAAGAUGGAGGCGCCCCAGCCCUCAGCGCUGCAGCGACCGUCAGCAUCAAUCUCACCGAUGUGAACGAUAACCCUCCCCGGUUCAGCCAAGAUGUCUACAGCGCCGUCAUCAGUGAGGACGCCCUGGAAGGGGACUCUGUCAUUUUGCUAAUCGCAGAAGAUGCGGACAGCCAGCCUAAUGGACAGAUUCGUUUUUCCAUUGUGAGUGGGGAUCGGGACAGUGAGUUUGCUGUGGAUCCCAUCUUGGGGCUUGUGAGAGUUAGGAAGAAGCUGGACCGAGAACGGGUGUCCGGAUACUCUCUGAUUGUCCAGGCGACAGAUAGUGGCUUUCCUGUGAUGUCAGCAACCACAACUGUCAACAUUGAUAUUUCUGACGUGAACGACAACAGCCCGGUGUUCACCCCCGCCAACUAUACUGCUGUGAUCCAGGAAAAUAAACCAGUGGGCACUAGCAUCUUGCAGCUGGUGGUGACAGACCAAGACUCUUUUCACAAUGGGCCUCCCUUCUCCUUCUUUAUUUUGUCGGGAAACGAGGAGGAGGAGUUCGUGCUGGACCCUCAUGGGGUCCUGCGGUCGGCAGUGGUCUUCCGGCACACCGAGUCUCCGGAGCACCUGCUAUGUGUCCAGGCCAAAGACUCAGGAAAACCACAGCAAGUUUCCCACACCUACAUCAGAGUGCGUGUCAUUGAGGAGAGCGUCCACAAGCCCACAGCCAUCCCACUGGAAAUCUUCGUCGUUACCAUGGAAGAUGACUUUCCUGGUGGGGUCAUUGGGAAGAUCCACGCCACGGAUCAGGACAUGGAUGACGUGCUCACGUUUGCUCUGAAAUCAGAGCAGAGGAGCUUAUUCAAAGUCAACAGUCACGACGGGAAAAUCAUUGCGCUGGGAGGGCUGGACAGUGGCAAGUAUGUCCUGAACGUGUCAGUGAGUGACGGCCGCUUCCAGGUGCCCGUUGACGUUGCUGUGCAUGUGGAACAGCUGGUGCACGAGAUGCUGCAGAACACAGUCACCAUCCGUUUCGAGAAUGUGUCCCCUGAGGACUUCGUGGGGUUGCACAUGCACGGGUUCCGGCGCACCUUGCGGAACGUGGUGCUCACCCAGCAGCAGGACAGCUUGCGAAUCAUCAGCAUCCAGCCCGUGGCAGGCACCAACCAGCUGGACAUGCUGUUUGCGGUGGAGAUGCACGGCAGCGAUUUCUACAAGCCUGCCUACCUGAUUCAGAAGCUGUCCAAUGCCAGGAGGCACCUGGAGAAUGUGAUGCGCAUCGCCGCCAUCUUGGAGAAGAAUUGCUCCGGCCUGGACUGUCAGGAACAGCACUGUGAGCAGGCCUUGUCUCUGGAUUCCCACGCGCUCAUGACCUACAGCACAGCCCGCAUCAGCUUCGUGUGUCCACGUUUCUAUAGGAAUGUGCGCUGCACCUGUAACGGAGGACUGUGCCCAGGGUCCAAUGAUCCUUGUGUGGAGAAACCAUGUCCAGAUGACAUGCAAUGUGUGAGUUAUGAAGCCAGCAGAAGACCAUUCCUCUGCCAGUGUCCUCCUGGGAAGCUUGGAGAGUGCUCAGGACACACUUCCCUCAGCUUUGCCGGAAACAGUUACAUCAAGUAUCGGCUUUCUGAAAGGAGCAAAGAAGAGCACUUCAAGCUGGCUCUGCGCCUAAGAACCCUGCAAAGCAACGGGAUCAUAAUGUAUGCCCGGGUGAACCCCUGCAUGAUUCUGAAGAUUCUGGACGGCAAGCUGUGGUUCCAGCUGGACUGCGGCAGUGGCCCCGGGAUCCUGGGCAUCUCUGGCCGCGCGGUCAACGACGGCAGCUGGCACUCGGUGUUCCUGGAGCUGAAUCGUAACUUCACCAGCCUGGCCCUGGACGACAGCUACGUGGAGCGGCGCAGGGCUCCGCUGUACUUCCAGACCCUGAGCCCCGACAGCUCCAUCUUCUUCGGCGCCCUGGUGCAGGCGGAUAACGUCCGCAGCCUGACCGACACCCGAGUCACGCAGGUGCUGGGAGGCUUCCAGGGCUGCCUGGACUCGGUGGUGCUGAACCACAACGAGCUGCCGCUGCAGAACAAGCGAAGCAGCUUUGCGGAGGUCGUGGGCCUGACGGAGCUGAAGCUGGGCUGUGUGCUCUACCCAGACGCGUGCCAGCGGAGCCCGUGUCUACACGGGGGCAGCUGCAGCGGCCUGCCCUCCGGCGGCUAUCAGUGUACCUGCCUCUCACAGUUCACGGGAAGAAACUGUGAAUCCGAGAUCACAGCCUGCUUCCCAAACCCCUGCCGGAAUGGAGGAUCCUGCGACCCCAUAGGAAACACCUUCAUCUGCAGCUGUAAAGCUGGGCUCACUGGUGUCACGUGUGAGGAGGACGUGGACGAGUGCGCACAGGAGGAGUGUGAGAACGGAGGCUCCUGCAUCAACAUGUACGGCUCCUUCCUCUGCAACUGCACCCCGGGUUUCGUGGGCCAGUACUGCGGCCUGCGCCCCGUGGUGGUGCCCAACAUCCAGGCCGGCCACUCGUACGUGGGCAAGGAGGAGCUGAUCGGCAUCGCUGUGGUCCUCUUCGUCAUCUUCACCCUAGUCAUCCUCUUCAUCGUCUUCCGCAAGAAGGUCUUCCGCAAGAACUAUUCCCGCAACAACAUCACGCUGGUGCAGGACCCCGCCACCGCGGCGCUGCUGCGCAAGAGCAACGGCAUCCCCUUCCGCAGCCUGCGCGCGGGCGACGGGCGCAACGUGUACCAGGAGGUGGGGCCCCCGCAGGUGCCCGUGCGCCCCAUGGCCUACACGCCCUGCUUCCAGAGCGACUCCAGGAGCAACCUGGACAAGGGCCUGGACGCGCUGGGCAGCGAGCCCCAGGAGAUGACCACGUUCCACCCGGAAUCCCCGCGCAUCCUGACAGCCAGGCGGGGCGUGGUGGUGUGCAGUGUGGCCCCCAACCUCCCCGCCGUGUCGCCCUGCCGCUCCGACUGUGACUCUAUCCGGAAGAAUGGCUGGGACACAGGAUCUGAGAGCAAAGGGGCCGAUGACCCAGGAGACGUGACCUGCUUCACAGGCAGCAACAAAGGCAGCAACUCCGAAGUUCAGUCCCUCAGCUCCUUCCAGUCCGAUUCUGGCGACGACAACGCGUCCAUAGUGACUGUCAUUCAGCUUGUCAACAAUGUGGUUGAUACCAUAGAGAGUGAAGUGUCUGUCAUGGAUCAAGGACAGAGCUACAACCGAGCCUAUCACUGGGAUACCUCCGACUGGAUGCCAGGCGCACGGCUGUCAGACAUUGAGGAAGUGCCGGCCUAUGAGAGCCAGGACGGAGGGUCCACACACCAAGGCGGCACGCGCGAGCUGGAGAGUGAUUACUACCUAGGCGGUUACGACAUUGACAGUGAAUACCCACCACCUCACGAAGAAGAGUUCCUGAGCCAGGACCAGCUGCCCCCACCCCUGCCCGAGGACUUCCUGGACCAGUAUGAGGCCCCGCCUCCCUCCCAGCCCGUCUCACUGGGGGGCACCCUGAGCCCAGACUGCAGGAGGCGGCCCGGGUUUCAUCCUAGCCAGUACCUCCCUCCUCACUCACUUCCCAAUGAAACGGAUUUGGGGGCCCCACCCUCCGGCUGUGACUUUAGUACUUUUGCAGUAAGCAUGAACCAGGGCACAGAGGUCAUGGGCCCAGCAGAUAGUGUGUCUCUGUCCUUGCACAAUUCCAGGGGCACCGCAUCCUCGGAUGGGUCAGCCCGUUGUGGCUUUGAUUCCGAGGUAGCGAUGAGUGACUACGAGAGCACGGGCGAGCUCAGCCUCACCAACCUUCACAUUCCAUUAGUGGAGGCGCAGCACCAGACGCAGGUGUAAGGACACCCACCCCGCUGUGCCCUGGCAGUUACAGAGUGUGGAAGGAGAUGGGCCGCUGUGUCUCGAUGGAGAGGCGCCCCAGGACACGUGGCUUUUCCAUGAGGAACUCCUUUGGCAGUCUUUUCUGUCUCAGGCUUGACUCCCUGGGUGAUCGAAAGGCUCAGAAAUUGUUUCUGAGAGGGGACUGGUAAUGCUUGCUGUGGGUACCUGUGCUCGUGGCUAGGAAUACAAGGAAAUGAAGAGUUUAUUAACUCAAGCAGCAGAUCGUGAAUGGUUUUGUGCAUUACUGUGCCCUGGAAACAUGACCCUUUUGGUAUUACAAAUGCAGCAGCAAUGGAUUUUGUUAUCACAUGAUUUUGAGCCAGCACAUGGAAAGCGCAGUGUGGCUGGGAAGUUCGAGUUCUCGGUGGAAGGAGGCGAGGUAGAAAUCUUAGAAGAUAGGCCGAAGCCUUUAAAAUCAACUCUGUUUUUUAAGUAUGCUGCCCUACCGUCAGCUAUAAAAUUAGGUUUGAGUAUUGUUUAGUAUGCUCAGAUUUUUUUUUUUUCUUGUGUUAAAGCAUCCAAUAUAGCCGGGGUUUGUGAUCUCCAAGAAAGUGGUGAAAGGAAAGCAAUAAGCGGUUGUCGGGCUCUAGUGGGUGGGUUGAGGAGGCUAAUGUUCAAACAGGGAAACAGUGUGCUUAUCUUGUUUUGUGUCUCCUGGCAAAUAUUCCUGGCCAUAUUUCCAAGUCUAACAUUGCUGCAAAACUGGUCUCUGUUUGCACAUUGCAGUCCAGAAUGAGAGGUGUUUGAAAGGCUAAGUAGAAUUCACAAAUUCGGGAAGGAGGAUAGGGUGCUUGCAAAGAUUUCAGCCUAGAUAAUCACAGCUCUUCACAAUGCAGGUAAAAGGCACGUGUGUUAUUCUAAAUUGGUAACGUUAGCAUUAUAAAUACACUUGUGUUUCUCAAAACAAGAAGAAAGUAGGGUGGGAACCGUGCAUAAACUAAACAUUGUGUGGGGGCUAUGUGUAGCUCUGGGCUUGCACUCCGUAAAGCUGCUCUUGAGGAAACCUGCCCAGAGGGGUUUAGGGUACUGACCAUGUUGGAAAUAUUGGAGCAGGCACAGCUCACCUCCAGUUUCUCUGAUCUCUGUGAUGUUACAGGAACACCAAAUGCCAUAUUUUACUCCAAUUAGUUAACCUUGUUUUGGUACUGCCACUUGAAGCAAGUGCUGGAAUUUCUUUCUUAAAAAGCAACAGUAUUUUAUAAUUUUCCAAAACUAACUUCUAUCUGAAAAAUCGUGUACACUUGGGGUUUUCCUCCGAUCUGAAACGUGGGCUUUGACCAUUGUUUUCCAAACUUGACAGAGGUUUCAGCCCACUGGGAAUAUAGUAACCCAACAUGCGAGAGUCAAAGGUGGCGAUGGAGCUUCUUCCCGUUUGCUUCCAUCAGCCAUGCCACAGCUGACGUGACCAUGGGAAAUAAAUGCACAUUUGCACAUCUGCCUCUUGAGCAAAUCCAUGUGUCAACACUUCCUGGUGACAUUAGCAUUGGUGUGUAAAUAGUCCUGUCCUGAGUCUUCAUGCCAUCUUCUCAGGUGUAUUUUUAAGAUGUUUCAAGAAUCUUUAAUUACUUCUUUGUAGGAAACAGUGUUUAUGAAUGUCUGUCAUUUAAACCAAAAAUACCUUUUCAUCCCAAAUAUUCGCAACAGUCACAAAGGAGAUGACAACUAAUGGUCCAGAACUGAAUCACUGCCUCACUUUUAAUAAUGCAAUGGCAUAAAACCACCACAAUAAAACCAACAAUUCAUCCCUUGCCCCCAGGAAAUACUAGAAUAAGAUUCAUGCGAUGAGCCAGUAGAGCUAACCCAGCAUCUCUUCCAGGGAAUGCCUGGCUGGCACCGGAAUGAAGCCUUAAAUAGAUUUGCACACAGUUGGGAAGUCACGGAAGAAAUUCCUACCCACCUCUGACCUAUAUAAAAUACCUCUUUCUUCAGGACAUCAACCCCCUAAUUUUCUACAGAAUAGCUCGCUAGCUAAAUAUAUACCAGGAAAUUGUCUUUUCUAUUUUGUUCAUUAUCUGUAAACAUGUGGUAUUUCUUUCCCUCUCCCUUUAAAAAAAAAAAAAACAAAAGCAGAUUUCCCUAUAGAUUACAAAAUGGUUUGCAGUCAGGACAAGAUGGGACUAAGUGGGAUGAGCACAGUUUUAAAGAGCUGGAAGGGUCCUUAAGAUUUCAAAGUCUAGGGUAGAGAGAUGGCUCAGGGUUUAAGAGCACUGCCUGCUCUUGCAGAGGACCCAGGUUUGAA